AUGGACUCCACGGAUCAGUUUGACAAGAGCCCUCUGCUGGACGCAGGCAACUCCUCGCAGGAGAAUACCGCAGAAUAUACAGGUGAUGGAUCUGUUUGCAUCAGCGGGCAUCCUGCUUUCAGAAAACUCACAGGGAAGUGGAAGGCCUCCUCCUUAACAAUAGUCAGUUAUCUCACAAAAGUCCUACAUGAAACAAAUUUGGCUGCUGCAAGAAAUGUUGCAACUUGGCAAGGUACUAGCUACCUCACACCUCUGAUUGGAGCCUUCGUUGCUGAUUCAUAUCUGGGGAAGUACCAGACAGCUUUGAUCUCCUGCACGAUUUUCAUUGCUGGAAUGAUGAUGUUGCUUUUGUCAGUAGCACUUCCAUUAAUCUCAACUGGUCCUCACACUUGGACUGUUUGGUCAGAUCCAGUCUCUUCUCAGUACAUAUUCUUCAUUGGGUUAUACAUGGUUGGUUUAGGAUAUGGUGCACAGAGCCCUUGUGUUACAUCCUUCGGAGCCGAUCAAUUUGAUGACACCGAUGAAGUGGAGAAAACAAAAAAGAGCUCUUUCUUCAACUGGAACUAUUUCACAAUCAAUGCUGGUUCACUGAUCGUGGGGACUGCUAUUGUGUGGGUUCAAGACCAUGAAGGUUGGAUCUGGGGUUUCACCAUCUCUACACUAUUUGUGACUUUAGGCAUAGUUACCUUUUUCUUGGGCUUCAGUUAUGGCAAGGUUGGCUUGUCGCUCAGCUCUUUCAACCUCUCUAUCUUCUACCAUCAUCUGUAG